AUGUCCUUUCUUCCUCCAUCUCUCUCAACAAAUUUUCCUAAUUUUUUUUUAUUGUAUUAAAUAUCUCAGUUUUGAAUUCCCCAAAUUAAAAAAGAAUCUAAAUUUCAAAAACUUUUAUUGUUAAAUUUUCUUGAAGGUUUGAGAAAAAGAAUUAGGUAUAUUCCAAGAUUAAUUUUUUUAAAAAAAAUAUAUCUGAAAUUUAAUUACUUUUCAUGGCAAUUCACAAUCUCUCAGAUCCGAAAAUCACUCGAUUUGUAGGUUUGGACUAACCCAUUUUGAUUUUUUCUUUGUUUCUGUUUUGUUUUUUUUGUUGUUGUAUUUAGUUAUUUACUGUGUGAUUUGAAUUGAAAUCAUUUGUUUUUUUUAGCAAGAAAAUAACUGCAGGAAGUUCGGGAAAGCAAUCCUGGAAUUGGAGUUUCUUGGGUCAAGAUUCAUUUUUAGUACAUUAUUUUCACUUACAUUAUUGAUUUUCUUACAAUGUGGGUUGGUGUUAGGUGAAGGUCCAUAUAUUUUGGGAUCUGGGGUUGUUGGGAUUCUUGUUUUAGGUUGUUUGUGCGAAUUUUCCUGACCCCAUUUGGAUCCUAAAGAUUACUAGUCUUUCUUUGAGGUAACAAUCCAUUUUUAUUUAAUCAAGAAGCUUGUAGAAUAUAUUGUUGUCCUGAUUGGGGUUUGAGGUUGGGGGUUAAUUUUUGGAGUCUCUGGUGAUUUGUGAGAAAUGCUGGUUGGGAUUCAGCUAAAUGCCGGAGAUACUAAGUGAAAAUGGAUUGAAUUUUGUGUUAAGAUUAGGAUCUUGUGGGGAGUGCGUUGAUUCUUAUUUAGAAAGAGGGAGCUUUGAAUUUGGAUAUCAUGGGAUGUGUUUGCUCAAAGGGGGUUUCUAUUAAAAAGAAUGGCAGGAAACGAAAUAAGGAGAAAGAAAAAAAUAAAUUUUCAUCCAAAAGACUUAUUGCAUCUGACAAGGAGGAGGAUGUUUUGGUGGAUGUUGAUAAUUGCGGCAAUGAUGCGACUACGAGGCUUAUAUCAACAGAGACAAUUGAUAAAAGUGCAGGUUCCACCCCACCAGCUUGGGAUGAGGGAGAGAAGAAUCCUAUAGUUUUUGAGAAACCUGAAGUGCCAAAGGUGCAAAGUUUGGCAGCAACAAAUGCCACCGAGAUUGGAGAACAACCUCAGAUAAAUAGAAUAUUCAGUGUUCGGAAUGGAGUUGAUGGUGCACAAGUUGUUGCUGGAUGGCCAUCAUGGCUGACAAACGUGGCAGGUGAAGCUAUCAAAGGCUGGGUUCCUCGGAAGGUAGAUUCAUUUGAGAAGUUGGAUCAGAUUGGCCAAGGUACAUACAGCUGUGUAUUCCGAGCCAAAGACCUGGAAACUGGAAAGAUUGUUGCAAUGAAGCAAGUACGAUUUAUCAACAUGGAUCCAGAGAGUGUUCGUUUUAUGGCUAGGGAAAUUAUAAUACUUCGCAGACUAGAUCAUCCAAAUGUUAUGAAGCUUGAAGGUCUUGUGACCUCUCGUGUCUCCGGCAGUCUGUUUCUUGUCUUUGAAUACAUGGAACAUGACCUUACAGGACUUGCAGCAUCACCAGCCGUCAAAUUUACUGAAUCUCAGAUUAAAUGUUACAUUCAACAGCUUCUUCGUGGACUUGAGUACUGCCAUAGUCGUGGUGUCCUUCACCGUGACAUCAAGGGUUCAAAUCUUCUGAUCGACAAUAAUGGUAACCUCAAGAUUGGCGAUUUUGGGCUGGCAACUCUUUAUCAAACCAAUCAAAAGCAGCCUCUAACAAGUCGUGUAGUUACUUUGUGGUAUCGUCCUCCCGAGCUUUUGCUUGGUGCUACAGACUAUGGAGUGGCCGUAGAUUUAUGGAGUUCUGGUUGCAUUGUAGCUGAAUUGUUUGCAGGAAAACCUAUAAUGCCAGGAAGAACUGAGGUGGAACAGCUACAUAAGAUCUUUAAACUUUGUGGUUCACCAUCCGAAGAAUACUGGAAGAAAUCAAAAUUACCACAUGCGACGAUCUUUAAACCUCAACAGCCAUAUAAACGCUGCCUUGCCAGCAUAUUCAAGGACUUCCCUCCAUCAGCUUUAGUACUUUUGGAUUCUCUCCUGGCUUUUGAACCUGAGUAUCGGGGUUCUGCUACUUUGGCACUUCAAAAUGAGUUCUUCACAACAAAGCCUCUUCCUUGUGAUCCAUCAUCUUUACCUAAAUACCCUCCAAGCAAGGAAUUUGACGCUAAGAUGAGAGAUGAGGAAGCAAGAAGGCAAAGAGGUGAAGCCCGUGAAGGUACAAAAGGAUCUGGCAUUGAAUCUUGUAGGAAGGCUGCAAAACAGUCAAAAGCAGUACCAGCACCUGACGCUAAUGCUGAGUUACCAGCAUCCAUACAGAAGAGGAAACAGCAGUUAAAUCCCACAAGCGUUAGUGAGAAGUACAAUCAUGAAGAUGGCGGCCCUGUUUUCCCUUUUGAUCCCAGCAGAAGAUCUUUAUAUAAUGGUCAUUUAUCACAAGUCAGUGAUUCUGGAAAUUCCAUAAACACAAAUACCAAUGGACUUGGCUCUCUUAUGAGUUCUCAACGGGCAUUUGAUUCUUCAAUAUUUGGAGAAUUAAGUGCUCAAAAUUCCUUCAGACCUCACGGUGCAGCAGCUCAUUUGUCCAGGUUCUCCAAUUCAGUUGCAGCUCAUGGUAGUUCAAGAUAUGAUAUGAGCAGGGAGGUCAGUACCCACUCACAGUGGCCUGAAGAGAACUCGACUGGGACAUAUAAUCAGCUUAAUGAAUCUGACUCAUCGUACUCUCUUUUGGGGAAAGACUCUUCCAAUAAGAAGGACAAACAUUCAACAGGAAAGGAGUCUGCGGUGGGUUAUAUUCCAAAGAAGAAUCGAAUCCACUACUCUGGACCUUUGAUGCCACCUGGUGGAAACAUUGACGAAAUGCUGAAAGAGCAUGAGAAACAAAUUCAGCAGGCUGUCCGUAAAGCUCGUAUUGACAGAAACAAGAUAAGAAAGGAACACACUGACAAUGGGCAAACAGAAUCUCUCUUACACUAUACAACCAAUGGUCGGUGACUUGUAGAGGAGCAAGAAGAUGCAACCUUUUGAUGUAUUACAGAACUCUAGUCAAUGGUAGAGUUUCAUGGAUCAAGGAAGCAACAAUAAAAAUCCUAAUCUACGAAAAUCGCAGCAGCAAGAGAAAAGCUUUACUCACAUGGAACUCUCAAGUCUUUUUUUUGCCUUUACUUAAAGUAGUACUUAGCAGAAUGCACAGUAUACAGUUCCAGAAUCAUAUCCAAACCUCCUCUUGUAAUUGCCCUUGGAAUGAGAAGAGAGCAAUUCUUUUGGUGGUGUAUGUGUUGGGAAGUAUUGUUGUACAGUUAAUGUAAAAGAUACGCAUUUAUUUUUUCUUUCAAAUUUGUAGGAAUUUUGAAUAUUACACAGAUACAUCAAUAUGAUGGUAGGAUCUAACAUUUAGUAUCAAAUUCUCUAGUUUAUACAUUCCUCUUUUUUCAUUAUGGA